UAUGAGGGCGAUCAAAUAUCUCCAUAGUUCACCCGAUUGAUAUCUCUACAACCCUCCCUCUACCCACCACUAUACAGAAGAGGAAGAACAUUCAUAUUUAUAGGACCUUGACAAUGUCGUCGACAGACAAAUUAUUUCCUUUACUAAAGAAACGCUUGACGUCCAAGGUGAUGUACCCUUUUUAUAUCACAGUCGCAGCUUACUUCACUCUGUUCCAGCCAUUAAUUUACUUCCCGCCACAAACCUGGACUGCAGCCAUAGCAAAGGCACUUCCGGUGUGGGUUUUAAUUGUAUAUGUACGACUUUCCUCACGUGAAAAACUGACACAUAUUAUCCCUAAAAGCUACGAUCAUCAAAACAUGAUCACUGGCUUGCUCUUCUUCAGUCUUGGGGACAUCUUCUUCAUCUUCGACACAGACUUAAUGGAGGAUGGGAUGCUUUGUUUCACAAUUGCUCAGUUUUACUUUUCCCUCGUUGUCCAACAGGAAAUUACAAAUAGCCGAGUGAAAUAUAUAUUUAUGUUUUUUGGAUUUGUGUCAUUUUCAUUCGUCAUGAAUUCUAUCGAUGACGGCAUAAUGGAUAUCUUUGUAUUGUUCCACCUACUUCUCAUAUAUACCGUUGGAUGGCGUUCGACUUGUCGUCUGCGAAAAGAGGGACUACAGUUUUCUACCUUAAUGCCAUGUUUAGGAAGUCUGCUUUUCAUUGCCUCUGACACUAUCCAGGCUGCUAACAAAUGGAGAUGGAAAAUAGCUUUUAUUGACUUCUGGGGAACCUUGUUUGAUUACACCGCCUUGUUGUGUUACGCGGUGAUGAUGGGUACAACAAAGACUGAUUUAUACAUUGAAAGAAAGUUCUUGAAUUUUUCUUCGAGUAAACUAAAUUAAAUUUGACCUUGAUAGUAAAACGUGGACCGGGUCAAAUUAAUCAGGACGUAACAUUAUCUCAUUAAAAUUCUAGUCUCUCUU